AUGAUCUACGGCGUUGCUGAUGUGGACGCCACGCGCAGGGACCACCUGGUGGAGCUGCUGGAUAUUGAUCUGACGUGGCGCAUGCACCGCGUGUCAGAUGGGCAGAGGAGGCGAGUGCAGAUAUGCAUGGGGCUGCUGCGACCCUUCCAGGUGCUGCUGCUGGAUGAGGUCACAGUGGACCUAGAUGUUGUCGCCAGGAUGGACCUCCUCUCCUUCUUCCAACAAGAAUGUGAAGAGGUAAUCCGUGAGGCAUUAGCAACGAAUCUGGGAGGAUAG